GGGGUGUGUGGGGUGGAUGGGGUUGCUGAGUGGGACUCUGGAAUCUUGUGGCCCAGCUUGCCCGAAGGGUUCCUUUCUCCCUGGUGCAGACACCUCCACCCCUUGCACCCUUCUCAUCCUCCUUAGGCACCCAGGGCCCACCCGCCAGUACGGAGGACACCCUUUCCUUCCCCCAGCACUGCUUGAUGGGGGAAAGCUUCAUGCAGAUGCUGUUUCUUGUAGGAAAGGACCCUUCUAGUUCUCCUGCAGUCUGGGCCCCGCCUGGAGGACCCUAGGCCCCUCCCUGGUUCUGACCUCCUCCCUCCUGGACUUGGCUUCAGAUACUGGGCUGCAAACCUGCAGGGACAGAUGGUUGCAGGUUGGAGGGGGCAGGCUGCACCCUAGGGAGGCUGGUGUGAGUGGCAGAAGCCAUCUGUGGUCACCAUGGCAAAGAGAGAGGACAGCCCUGGCCCAGAGGUGCAGCCAAUGGAUAAGCAGUUCCUGGUGUGCAGCAUCUGCCUGGAUCGGUACCGGUGCCCCAAGGUUCUGCCUUGUUUGCAUACCUUCUGUGAGAGAUGCCUCCAGAACUACAUCCCUGCCCAGAGCCUGACACUGUCCUGCCCAGUGUGCCGGCAGACAUCCAUCCUCCCAGAGCAGGGUGUCUCAGCCCUACAGAACAACUUCUUCAUCAGCAGCCUCAUGGAGGCGAUGCAGCAGGCACCUGAUGGGGCUCAUGACCCCGAGAACCCCCAUCCCCUCAGCGCAGUGGCUGGCCGCCCUCUCUCCUGCCCCAACCAUGAAGGCAAGACGAUGGAGUUUUACUGCGAGGCAUGUGAGACAGCCAUGUGUGGUGAGUGCCGAGCAGGGGAGCAUCGGGAGCAUGGCACAGUGCUGCUGCGGGAUGUGGUGGAGCAGCACAAGGCAGCCCUACAGCGCCAGCUUGAGGCCGUGCGUGGUCGACUGCCACAGCUAUCAGCAGCUAUUGCCUUAGUGGGAGGCAUCAGCCAGCAGCUCCAAGAGCGAAAGGCAGAGGCCCUGGCCCAGAUCAGUGCAGCCUUUGAGGACUUGGAGCAAGCACUGCAGCAGCGUAAGCAGGCUCUGGUCAGUGACCUGGAGAUCAUUUGUGGAGCCAAGCAGAAGGUGUUGCAGACUCAAUUAGAUACGCUGCGCCAAGGUCAGGAACACAUUGGCAGUAGUUGCAGCUUCGCAGAGCAGGCACUGCGUCUGGGCUCCGCCCCGGAAGUAUUGCUGGUGCGCAAGCACAUGCGGGAGAGACUGGCGGCACUGGCAGCUCAGGCCUUCCCAGAGCGGCCACAUGAGAAUGCACAGCUGGAACUGGUCCUUGAGGUUGAUGGGUUACGACGAUCGGUGCUCAAUCUGGGUGCGCUGCUCACCACCAGCGCCACUGCACAUGAGACGGUGGCCACAGGCGAGGGCCUGCGCCAGGCGCUGGUAGGUCAGCCCGCUUCGCUCACCGUCACGACCAAAGACAAGGAUGGGCGGCUGGUGCGCACUGGCAGUGCUGAGCUGCGCGCGGAGAUCACCGGCCCGGAUGGCACACGCCUUCCUGUGCCUGUGGUGGACCACAAGAAUGGCACAUAUGAGCUGGUGUAUACAGCACGCACUGAAGGUGAGCUGCUCCUCUCAGUGCUGCUCUACGGACAGCCGGUGAGAGGCAGCCCCUUCCGUGUGCGUGCCCUGCGUCCAGGGGACCUGCCACCUUCCCCCGACGAUGUGAAGCGCCGUGUCAAGUCUCCCGGAGGUCCGGGCAGCCAUGUGCGCCAGAAGGCGGUGCGUAGGCCCAGCUCCAUGUACAGCACAGGUGGCAAACGGAAGGACAACCCAAUUGAGGAUGAACUCGUCUUCCGUGUUGGCAGUCGUGGAAGGGAGAAGGGUGAAUUCACCAAUUUACAGGGUGUGUCCGCAGCUAGCAGUGGACGCAUAGUGGUAGCAGACAGCAACAACCAAUGUAUCCAGGUUUUCUCCAAUGAGGGCCAGUUUAAGUUCCGUUUUGGGGUCCGAGGGCGUUCACCUGGGCAACUGCAGCGUCCCACAGGUGUGGCAGUGGAUACCAAUGGAGAUAUUAUUGUGGCAGACUAUGACAACCGUUGGGUCAGCAUUUUCUCCCCUGAGGGCAAGUUCAAGACCAAGAUUGGAGCAGGCCGCCUCAUGGGGCCCAAGGGAGUGGCCGUAGACCGGAAUGGACAUAUCAUUGUGGUCGACAACAAGUCUUGCUGUGUCUUCACCUUCCAGCCCAAUGGCAAGCUGGUUGGACGUUUUGGAGGCCGUGGGGCCACUGACCGCCACUUUGCAGGACCCCAUUUUGUGGCUGUGAACAACAAAAAUGAGAUUGUAGUAACAGAUUUCCACAACCAUUCAGUAAAGGUGUACAGCGCGGAUGGAGAGUUCCUCUUCAAGUUUGGCUCCCACGGCGAAGGCAAUGGGCAGUUUAAUGCCCCCACAGGAGUAGCUGUAGACUCCAAUGGGAACAUCAUCGUGGCUGACUGGGGCAACAGCCGCAUCCAGGUGUUCGACAGCUCUGGCUCCUUCUUAUCCUACAUCAACACAUCUGCAGAGCCACUGUAUGGCCCACAGGGCUUGGCACUGACUUCGGAUGGCCACGUGGUGGUGGCUGAUGCUGGCAACCACUGCUUUAAGGCCUAUCGCUACCUUCAAUAGAUGCACAGGGGCCCUGCCUGACUCAUGGAGGGACGGACACAGGGGUGAUUGGACAAGAGGGUCUGGCUGGGAGGUGGGUCAGACUUGGCAGCACUGAAUGUGGGCUGUGGGCAUGGGUGUGCCCAGUGCCCUCCCUUUCCUCCCCAACCCCACGGUUGCACUUUAUUUAUUCGGUAUUUGCUUUGGUGACUGGGUGGGCCUGGACUAUGGUCCCAAGGAUGUGUGCAGAGCUUCACCCUACCCUCUUUACACACCUCCCCUAUACCCUCAGUCUGCUCUCUGCCCCCCAGCCUGGGGGCCAGAACAGCCUCUUACUCCAGGACAGAAGUCCCUCUGGUUGUCUCCCUACCACCCCAAACACACUGACAGAGACAGCAAUACCCCCACCCCCGUAUUAAAUAAAUGUCUUCACCAUGAUG